AUGGGUAAGGAAAUUGGAUAUGAAUCAUCUGUAGAAAGGGAAGGAAAACGUCCUAUAGGUUGUGGAACCACAAAUAUAUUCGCCAUGUGCUGGAUGAGAGCACGAGGCAUUUUCUUGAACAUGUCUAAAGUCGAAAGGAUCAAGCUAAGUCCUGAUGUUUUCAUGAAGAUGUCGAAUCUCAAAUUCCUGAAAUUCCACUAUUCUCAUUGUUCCCAGUGGUGUGAUAACAAGCAUAAAAUUCAGUUCUCUGAAGACCUUGAUCAUUUUCCGGACGAGCUUGUGUAUCUUCACUGGCAGGGGUACCCUUACGAGUACCUGCCAUCAGAAUUUAAUCCAGAGGAACUUGUUGAUCUCAGUCUCCGUCAUAGCUACAUCAAACAACUGUGGGAAGAUGAGAAGGUGCCACAGAAUACAGAAAAAUUAAGAUGGGUUGACCUCAGUCAGUCACAAGGCUUGCUGAAUCUAUCAGGUAUGUCGAGGGCCAAAAAUCUUGAAAGAUUGGAUCUCGAAGGCUGUAAGAGUUUGGUUUUGUUGGGCUCAUCAAUCGAACAGAUGAACAAACUAAUUUACCUGAACCUCAGAGAGUGCACUAGCCUUGAGAGUCUUCCGGAGCUGAAAUCUCUUCAGGAACUGAUUCUCUUUGGCUGCUCAGCUCUGGAGAGUCUUCCACCCAUCAAAGAGGAGAUGGGAUGCUUAGAGAUUUUGCUUAUGGAUGGAACUUCCAUCAAACAGACACCUGAAACGAUUUUUUUGAGUAACCUGAAGGUGUUUUCGUUCUGUGGAUCUAGCAUCGAAGAUUCCACAGAGUUGGCGUUGUUGCCUUUCUCAGGCAACUCUUGUCUUUCGGACCUCUAUCUGACGAAUUGCAAUAUCUACAAAUUGCCGGACAACUUUAGUUCCUUACACUCGUUGAGGUCUCUAUGCUUAAGCAGAAACAACAUUGAGACUCUACCUGAGAGCAUCGAGAAACUUCAUUGUCUGUUGUUUCUUGACUUAAAACAUUGCCGCAGGCUCAAUUCUCUCCCGGUGCUUCCACCUAAUAUACAGUGUGUAGAUGCUCAUGGGUGUGUUUCUCUGGAAAAAGUUGCAAAACCAGUGACAGUUCCCCUAGUAACUGAGAGGAUGCAUACUACUUUCAUUUUUACGGAUUGCUUCAAACUGAACAGAGCUGAACAAGAAGCUAUUGUAGCUCAGGCCCAACUCAAGAGUCAGCUACUGGCAAGGACAUCUCUUCAACAUAAUCAUAAGGGACUAGUUCUGGAUCCUCUGGUUGCCGUUUGCUUCCCAGGAAGUGACAUACCCUCAUGGUUCUGCCAUCAGAGUAUGGGAUCUUCGAUUGAAACCAACCUCCUUCCUCACUGGUGCAACAAUAAAUUUAUUGGAGCUUCCCUAGGUGUUGUUGUCACCUUCAAGGAUCACGAAGGUCGUCAUGCAAACCGUUUAUCUGUAAGGUGCAAGUGCAGAUUUCAAAAUCGAAACGGUCAGUCAAUCAGAUUUAGUUUCUGUCUUGGGGUAUGGAACGAGUCAUGUGGAUCAUCUUGCCAUGAACCACGGAAACUUGGAUCUGACCAUGUGUUUAUUAGCUUUAACAACUGUAAUGUGCCAGUCUUCCAAUGGAAUGAAGAGAGUAACGACGGUAAUAGAUGUCGUCCCACUAGUGCCUCAUUUGAAUUCUACCUUACUGAUGGCACUGAAAGGAAGCUAGAAAGGUGCAAGGUGACAAGGUGUGGGAUGAGUUUGCUAUAUGCUCCAGAUGAGAAUGACCGUGGGUUCCAGGGAACUCGGGUUACAGAUACUGUUGAGCGUACAUCGAGUGAAGCUUUUGUACCCAUAAGAGGUCGGUCACACUCGCAAGUUGGAGAAAGAAGGAAUGGUAGAAUGAGAGAUGAAAUCCCCUUAUGA